GUGGGAGAAGGCAGUGUGGGGCCGACGCGGCCGAAACGUGUGGCAUCUUCAGGAGCGAACAUCACGUGCGGUCGCGGGCGGACGGUUUCCCAGCGUCAGUCUAGCGGAUAGCCGGCACCGAGAUCUGCCGACGGGAUCACUGAGCUCCGUUCUUGCGUGGGCUGCAUAUCUCCACGACAAAGGUGACACGUGAUGCUAGAUCUGGAUGCAGUGCCCUGGGAGACGCGGAAAUGCUGUGCCAAGGACAUGCGCAAGGCGGCGCAGAUAAUAGCCAUCGCCCACAUGGUGUUCUUUGGCCCCGUACUGUUUGGCAUGCUGUACAUCCUCAACAACCAGAAGAGCACUCUCUUCUUCGGUGAUCACAUCACCGGUCCUCUCCCGUCCGAGCUGCAGCCGGUGCUGGUCGCCUCCCUGGUGGUGCUCGGCCUCAGGCUGGUCUUCUCCUUCGUGCUGUUCGUCGCCGAGAAGAGCCGCAGCGUGGUGCUGCUGAGGGUGUGGCUGGCGGCGCACCUCCUCCUCUCGCUGGCCGAGUGCGGGCUCAUCACGGCGCUGUCGACCGUCGUCUUCGUGGUCGACCCGGACGUCUGGCCCUUCGUCGGCACGCUGCUCGGAGGAUUCGCCCUUCUCGGUCUGCAGACCUACAUGCUGCACGUGGUGCUGUGUCUGCACACGGGACUCAUGAAGGAGUGGCUGCUCCGCCGCCAGGUGGCGCAGCUGCACAGCCAGCUGAACCAGCUGGCCGUCAGCACGGGCUACACCCACCCCCUCACCUACGCCACGCUCAGCCUCAGCCCCCAGAUUCUGAGGCCACCAGGCAAAGCGGGUCUCAACAACGGCGUCACCACGCCACCCGUCGGCAAUACCGCGCAGUCACCACCUGUCGGUGACACCGGAGAGACACAACCUGCCGCCGAGGUUCUGCGACCGCUCGGCAAGGUGGAUCUCGACAGCGGCGUCACUACACCGCCUCCUGCCGACACCAGGCAGUCACCACCUGUCGGUGACACCGGGCAGUCGCCACCUGACUCCCCUAGUGCCACACUCCCUGUCUGACGCCAUCGGGACUGUGGAAUACCGGCUGAUGUAGAGACCUCUAGAGUCUCAGCUUCCGCUACUGGCAACAACAGCGUUGGAAAAUGGGGACCCCAAAAGGGCGAGAUACGCUCUUGGGCUCCUACCUGAUGACUC